GGGCUAAGCCCCCUCCAGCCCCCCCUGUGGCUCCGCCCCUGGGUACAGGGCAAUCCAUGUAUAGAUACCCCACUAAAACUUCAGUGAGAGAUGUAGAGAAAAAAAAUGUCUACAGCAAUGCUGCCAUCCACAGGUCUCCUUAUUUGUAAACCAUUUAUUUUAAAGCCUCAACAUCUCGAUACAGUUUUUAAAAUUGCCUCUAUAAUGAGAGCCUUGGUUAGGAAAAUAACUUGGGUUGAGGGGAGGGUGAACGGGUGGCAAAGUGAUUCAUAUUGUCUUUGACAUUCGUUAUAUCACAAUGCCAUGACAGUAUUUCACAAUCCUGGAGAGGUAUUAAUAAUCUCAUUCUAAAUACACUUCUUUUCGUAAUUAAUUCUAAUGAAUACGUAUUCUGACAUUUGAAGAUAUAUUGCAUUUUAAUGCAAUAAUUUAAUGAUAAAUUUACACAUGUCGCAAAUGUAUUGCCUCCAUAAUUUUUAAGCGCUUUUAAAUGCAUCGUGGUAGCAAAUACAUUACUUUAUUAUCAUAUGUCAUUUUUGGCAAGACUUCAUGGUAUAAAUUAUGUCCCAUGGACAAAACGGGUGAUUGAGUGGCAGCCAGAAAGAAGAACACCAGUGAUGGGACCACUGAAGCAGAUACAGCGCAACACAAUCAUUAGCACGUACGGGGAGGAGAUGGAUUGCAGCUGUACAGAGCUGUGGAUGAUGGGAGGGAAGUCUUUAUGCACUUGAGAAUGGUGCAUGAUGAUGAUCAGCCCGACACUGCAUCUUGCCGCAGCCCUUCCCUUCCCCCACAUGCCACCCCCUUGCUUUUGUCCGUGGGCAGCUGUCAAGCCUCGUCGGUGAAGGAGUAGAGGGGGUUGGGUUUUGUUAGUGGUGUGUAGAGCCGAGCGGUUGGGUGCUCUGUGCGCAUGUCGCUCAUCUAGCCGCUUCCCCGAGUCCCGAGUUCUCUCUCUCGCGCGCGCUUCUUCGGCCCUAAAGCAGCAGUUGUAGCUGCUCCUGGAAGUUGCAGUCUCUCUCUCUCUCCCCGGGACAUGAGCCAAGCAGCCGGAUACAACAACGAGCUGCAGUUUGAGCGGCUAACCCGUGAGUUGGAGGCGGAGCGACUCAUCGUGGCAAGCCAGCUGGAGAGAUGCAAACUGCAGGAGUCGGAGACAGCCAGCAUGAGCAGCAUCAGGCUGACUUUUGAAGAUGUGAAAUGGAAGGACUUUAUACGCUCGACAGAUGACUCUUUUCACUGGCGAACGUCGGACGGAGCGACUGGGGAGCUGAGCGAGGAUGAGGGUCGGGUAAGCGUGGGCUCGGAGCUGGUCGACUCCUGCCUCCGUGCCCUGCAGGAGAGGGGUCUCUUCGAGGGGCCUGAUCCUUUGCACAAAGGAGCGGUGUCAUCCAAGUUGAACUCGUCUCCGGACAGCUGCUACCAGGAGACGGGCAGCUACCAGACGAGCAGCCACACGGGGGCCCAGUCACUCUCCCAGACGCUGGCGGGGGGUGGCUUCCAGGCGGGGGCGGGCGCGCAAGCGACAGCCGCGCCCGAGGACAGCGGCUCGCGCACCAUGCUGACGCGCAGCCUGUCCGCUCAGCAGCACCAGCCACAGCAGCAGCAGAAUGUGUACACGCAGCAGCAGCAGCAGCAGCAACGUGGCGAUCGCGCGCACGCUUACACACAGCUUAUGCGGAUGUACGACCUGAAGACGCGUGGCAACGCCGAGCGAGACUACGAGACCUUCGCCCCCAAGCGCUCCGCGUCACUGCCCCCCAACCGAGAGCCUCCGUACGGCACCGUCAUUGGGACGCACCACGGAACGGGGCACAGCCACGGCGGGAUGCCCCGUUCGGCGCACACACUGGUGCACGUGCCGUACGGAUCGCCAGGCCCCGGCGGGGCCAGCCCCGCUCAGCGAGCCGACAUGUACGUUGGCAAACGAGCGGCCGCUCCCUCAGCCGGAUCGGGAAACUACUACUGGCUGUCGUACCGGAACACCCGCUCGGCAGCACCGAUGGCGGUGGGCUCGCCAAACCACGCAUCUCCCGCGUCGAGCGCCGCCUCCCCGCUCGCGGGCCCUGCCGCAGCUUACUCCCGGUCAUCAUCGCAGUCGCCGCCGCUGCUGGGCGGCUACGGGAACUCGGUGGCUUCUAGCGGUGGCGCGCCGCCGUCGGGAUCGGUCAUGACGCAUCACCACCACCAUCACCACCACCAGCAGCAGGUCCAGCAGCAGCAGCAGCAGCUGGCCAGGUCAUCCUCUCCAUCGUCGCAGGCGUCGCCAGCGAAGCGGACACCGGGAGGCUCGGACCGGCAGAGCCCCGAGCGGGUGGACCGGCAGAGGCCUGGAAGCCUGUCCGGUCUCAGGGGAUCUUAUUCAAGCCAGCAGGGAGCGGCGACAGAGGUGCGCUACGUGACAUCGCCCGAUCGCCUCAUCACUCCGAUAUAUGAAGACCAGGUGUACCGAAGCCCCGAGUCUGCGACGCACACCAUCUCGCGGGCCCGCUCCCCACCCGACUACGCCGUGUACAGCACCGCGGCGUCAUCCGCUGUGCACCGCUCAUCCAGCCAGCGCAGCUCGCGUAGCGGCCCAGGUGGGAGACAGCGAAGCAGCCACUCGGCUUCCUCACACACGGAGCCUGGUGCGGUGGGCCUGGCGCGCAGGCCCUCGGGAGAAUCGGUGCAAAGCAGGCAUCUCAUGCAGCCUGACGGACGCCUGCGUCGCUCCACGUCUUCCGAGAGCCUGCAGAAGGACCAGGGAGAGCUGGGCUGGCGCGACCCUGACCUCCUGGAGGUCAUCCAGAUGCUCCAGCACAACCUUCCAUCGAUCCAGGGCAACGCGGCAGCCUACCUACAGCACCUGUGCUACCGCGACUCCAACAUCAAAACAGAGGUGCGAAGGCUCGGCGGCAUACCACUGCUGGUGGACCUGCUGGGACAUCCCAAGGCCGACGUGCAGAAGAAUGCGUGUGGGUCGCUCAAGAACUUGGUGUACGGUAACGACGACAACAAGAAGGCGCUGCGGCAGGCAGGGGGAGUGCCAGCCCUGGCAACGCUGUUGCGCAGGACCGGCGACGCAGAACUGCAGGAGCUUGCCACCGGCCUGCUCUGGAACCUUUCGUCCUGCGAGACCCUGAAAAUGGCCAUGGUAACGGAUGCACUGAGUGCCCUCGUUGCCUCCGUGGUGGUGCCCUGCGCCGGUCUGGCGAGGGAUGGUGAAUCAGCGAGCGCUCCCCUCGCCUCCCCUACGCAGGGCAUACAGUCCCAGGUGUUGCGAAAUGCUACUGGGUGCCUGAGGAAUAUGAGCUCGGCUGGCGAGGAGGCUCGGAGGCAGAUGAGGGAGUGCGACGGACUUGUGGAGUCUCUGCUGCACAUAAUAGAGACCUGCCUGGACACGGAAGAUGUGGGAGGAAAGGUGGUGGAGAACUGCGUGUGCGUGCUACGGAACCUGUCCUACCGCCUGGCCGCCGAGACACUGCGGGGUCAUGACUGGGCCUCGGGCGGUGGAAGCGGCGGUGGAACGAGCGCCCAGGAUGGAGGCGCGGCAGGACCUGGCGGAGGCGGCGGUGCCGGCGGCGGUCGGACGGGCCGGGCUCGGCAGAAGGAGAAGCCGAGCUGCUGGGGAAAGAAGCGCAAGAAGAAGCCGCUGGAUGAGUGGGAUGGCGUGGGACCUAUCCCAGAGUGUCCUGAUCCUCCCCGGGGCCCCGAGCGGCUGUUCCACCCAAGCGUGGUCAACCCGUACCUGGGCCUGCUCAAGAAGUGCGCCAACCCAGCCACGCUGGAGGGCGCCGCAGGCGCCCUGCAGAACCUCGCCGCGGGGGGCUGGAAGUGGUCGAAAUACGUGCGUGCCAUGGUGCGGCGUGAGAAGGGGCUGCCCGUCCUGGUGGAGCUGCUGCGCAUGGACAGCGACCGCGUAGUUUGUGCCGUGGCCACAGCCUUGCGCAACAUGGCCAUGGACGUGCUCAGCAAGGAGCUCAUCGGCAAGUACGCGAUGAGGGACCUCGUACAGCGCCUGCCAGAGCCCGUGACAAACAACAGCAUUGCAAGUGGGGUGGUGGGAGGCAGCGGCGGUGGAGGAGGAGGUAUGGUGAGCGGUACGAGCGGCGAUGAAACUCCGGGCGCCACGGCGUCGGCGGCGUUGAUGACAGCAGCGCGGGGGGCUGGCGGCAACGGUAACAAUGGUCACGGGGAAAUGUGCGCGUCGGAGGACACGGUGGCGGCCGUCUGCUGCGCCCUCAACGAGGUGACGACGCAGAAUAUGGAGAACGCCAAGGCGCUGAGAGACGCCGGCGGGAUCGAGCGGCUGGUGCACGUGACGCGCGGGCGCACUGACAGAGUGGACUCCCUUCCCAAGGAUAAGUCACGGAUGUAUGCCAGCGACACCUGGACCUCCUCGAACGGGUUCUCUCCGAAGGUCGUCAAAGCAGCGGCGCAAGUUCUGAGUACCCUGUGGCAGUAUCGUGAUCUGCGAGCCCUCUACAAGAAGGAUGGCUGGAGUCAGCAGCACUUCUUGGUCCUCAGCACCAUGGAGAGGGAACGGAAUAAACCGCGCGCCGUCUCGCAGCCGGCAUCGCCCACGCGUGCUACCGCCGCCAUCCGCAGCCAGUCGGUGGGCAGUGCCCUCUCCACGGCACGGGACACCUCUAGCUUCCGUGAGUCGCGGCGCUCUGAGUACGAGGCGGUCCGCUCAUCCCCCAGUCACCGUAGUAACCGCCCGGAGCUGCCAGUGAGGAGAGACUCGAGCAGGGGACUCCCCCCCCAGCCUUGCGCCGGCACUUACAGAAGUUCUUAUGCCUCCCAAAAUGUGGAGGAUCAAUCCCACACUCAGACAACGAUGAGAGCGACGCUGGCGGAGAGACAGCGGCGGGGCGACCCGUCACGCCGUGACUACGAGGCGGUGUACUGGACGGCGCGCCCGGUGCUGCCCGGCGCCAACGAUUCGUUCUUCGACGAGCGGCUGCACUUCGCCGGCGACGCGUGCGGGACCCACGCGCGCCAUCCACCGCCCGGCACCUCGGCCAACUACGUGGAGUUCUACAGCACGCGGCGCGCGGUGGCACACGCCGCCGCCGCCGCCCCCACCGCCGCUGCUGCCACCAGUGCAGUCGCCACCGCCGCAGCCACCGGGAGAGGCAACUACGACUCGCUGCACUACCGCGAUGCAACGGACUCCUGGGUGUGAGCACCGGUCCGGUCCCGCGCGGAGUUGCUGAGCCGCUGGCUGCGCGUGUGCGUCAAGCGUUAAACAUUAAUAAGAGAGGAAAAUAAUUCUUUUUUUUUUUACAGGUGUGGUGUUUGCUAGUGGAUACGAUGGCCAACAUUUGCUGAUUGCCAAUGUGUUGGUUUGAUAUGUAGAGUUUAUUUUUUUCCUUUCAUCUUUAGAUUGAUUUUUGUCUUCUCAAGAGUAUUGUGUUUGCUAGUCCACAUAAUUUGCAGACGUUUAAAGGCUGAUUAAUGUCCACCUCCGCAGCCAUUGACUUUAUGGUUAUUAUGCUCGGAGGAAACAUUUUUAUUUUGUUUUAUGAUGUUGAAGAAAAUAAUUUUACUAGACGUGGGGGGAAGGGGGGAUGUGGAGAAAGCAUUUUAUCUACAUAUAAUUCUGCAUUGCUGUGUGAUGAUACAGCUCUGCACAAUGUGCGUGUACAAGGGGCAGUUCUAACGAUCCGUUUGUACUGUGUUAAGUUUGGGUCUAAAGACAGCGGACAUAUUACAUUGGACCACUGUUGUUGUCUUUAAACAUGAACUGAAAAUUCUGCUUUAAAGAGGGCAGGUAAAGGUUGUGUUGGUUUUUUUUUUAAGCGAACAAAUGAAUCCGAUUAAUUUAAUAUUGACAGAUUAAUGGGGUCAGAUUAUAGAUGUGCAAACACAGGGGUAGGUUAUAAAGCCCCUCUUAAGACGUGUGUGCAUUCGUGCUUUUUCAUACAGGUGCAUACGUGUGUCGAUACCAGUACGUAUAUCUCUCUGUGGGUGUGUGCACAUGCGUUAACCUGAACUCUGAUGUAAAAUAUUUUUUUGUGCCAGAGUGGCUUUAAACUCUUAUUAUUAUUACAACUGUCAUUGGCAUCAUUUUGCUUUUAAUCUUUACCUUGGAAUUUAGUUUCCAUAAACUGUGGCUAUUUAGCUUCUGUACUGCCACUACCUUCAGCCUCUUGUGAAUAUGGUAUUUUAAUUUCAGUCAGAUUUUUUGCAAUAUUUCUUUUACAAUGUCACCAAACACACUUAUUAGUGAAUUUACUUUUAUUUGCUAAAUUGAAUUAUAUUGAUGCACACACCAAUGAAGGUUCUGGGUGACGUGACAAAGAGAAGACAUUUUAUUUUAAAUAAGCAACCCCCCUCCCAACCCUCUUUUUUAUGGAACAUUCCACGCUGUGUGGAGCAUUUGAUUUGGAGCGUACCAUUAUGGAAAACGUGGGAAAUAUGGGUGGAAAAUAAAGGGACGUACAUUGGUGCAUGAUUAAUAAAUUGAAUGGGUUAUGAAACCCAUUUCGUUAUCUGUCCCAUGGCAAAUGAAAUGUGACGUUUAAGUAUAAAACAUUAUCACUGAUUAUCACUGACUUUCAGCGGUGGCUCAUGGCUCUAAUAUGUUAGAGCGACGACCUUGGCCUCCGGUUUUUCAGUCUCGGGUGACGCGUUCGUGUGGAUUAAUUGACGAUUGGAACACAGUGGCUGUGGUCAUUUCCUCAGCACAUGCAGUCCCGUGCAGCUUCCAAAGAAAACUGGUCGACCGUUGGGUGACAAUGGUGCAUUAUGCAAGUUGCCUUCACAUUUCAACGAUUAAAUAUGCCUGUACGCGUCAAACCAGAUUGCAAAAUCCAGUCGCUUCUUGAAAGUGGAGCCGUGAGCUGACAACUGUUGACUAGAAGUAACGCAAAAUGCCAAGCCUACUGAUUUUUAAGGGGUAAGCUCCCGAUUUUAAAGCCCUUGUGCCACAUUUUCAAAGCAAGGAUUGCAUCACAACUGAAACAAGAAUAUGUAAUUCAUAAUGCGGUAUAUUUAGCCUUGAAAAUGUGUGCAGUAAACGGGUUUAAAAAUUACAAUCCUACCACUUAAUCGAUUGGAUUGGCGAGUAUGUAGUAAUAUUGUAAUUUCGAUAAAGUGAGAGGCUGUGAUUUAAAGACGUGCAUUAUCACCAUUUAAUAUGGACCAAUCUGUGUUAUGUUUUAAAAUGAAUCGCGUGUGAACGCAUGUUUAUUUUGAUUCAAAUUUUUGCCAUUUAAUGGC